GGAACAAUUUGAGGCACUAUACCGAGCAGAACCGAUAGAUCUAGAAGCGGCAGAGGCCCUUAUGGAUGACCUUCCUUUGGUGUCACAGCAACAAAAUACUGCACUAAUAAAAGAAAUUAGCCUACAGGAAAUUACAGAAACAAUUAAUAAACUCCCAAACUACAAAGCACCCGGACCAGAUG